AGGUUAAAAGUUUGCGACUUCCUCCAUAAGGUAAUCAGUCUCGGGAAAUAUCGUGGCAUCACGUGCACACCACAAUGGCGGAAGCAGAAGAGGAAGCUUUGGAAAUAUUAUUGAACAAGGCUACCAGUCCUCUAAACAGGGAGGUUGAAGUAGACUUUAUGAAUGGGUUCUGUGACCAGGUGAACCAGGAACUAGAUGGUCCCAUGACCGCUGUGAGGCUGUUGGCACAUAAAAUACAGUCUCCACAAGAAAGAGAAGCUCUCUAUGCUCUGACAGUUUUAGAAGCAUGUGUAAAAAAUUGUGGCAAGAGGUUUCACCAAGAAAUUGGGAAGUUCAGAUUUUUGAAUGAAUUGAUUAAAGUUGUUUCUCCAAAGUAUUUAGGUACAAAGACGACGGAUAAAGUCAAAACAAAAUGUAUUGAAUUAAUAUACAGCUGGACAGUUGGACUGCGACAUGAAGCAAAAAUAUCAGAAGCAUACGAGAUGUUAAAAAGACAGGGGAUUGUGAAAGAAGAUCCUGUAUAUAUUGACAAGGAGGAUAUUCCUGUUCCACCACCAAGACCACAUAAUAGCAUAUUUGAUGAUGAGGAAAAGUCUAAGCUGUUAUCUAGGCUGCUGUCAAGUAAACAUCCCGAGGAUCUCCAGGCUGCUAACAGACUCAUAAAAAACAUGGUAAAACAGGAUGCUGAAAAAACAGAAAAGAAGGCCAGGAGACAUACAGAAUUAGAAACUGUAAACAAUAAUGUAAAACUCCUGGGAGAUAUGUUAUCACAUUAUAAACCAGGAGAGGGAACCGCAUCAGAUAUAGAAAUAAUGAAGCAAUUGUAUGAAACACUCGACAAACAUCGGCCAAAUCUUUUCCGUCUUGCAAGUGACGCAGAUGAAAAAGACGAUGAAGGCAUCAGUGCCAUUUUAAAAGCUAAUGAUGAAGUUGGUCGUGUAAUGGGCCAGUAUCGUAGAUUGGUAGAUGGAACGACCCAGGAAAAUGGGGUGGCUGCAGCAGGAGAUAAAGGCAACAGUUCUGAUCUAUUGGAUCUGAACUUUGACACCCCUAUGCUGGGGGACACCAGUUCCUCUGCACUGCCUGCUUCAGCACCUGCCUCUGGAGCCUCAACCUUAGAUGAAGAUUUAGCUUCCUUAGGUAUAAGUGCUAGUUCAAACAGUGCUACCCAAGCCUCAGGUGCUGGUUCCCAAGACCUUGGUAUUAGUUCCAGUGGAGAUUUAAAUCAGUUUGGAGACUUCUUCAAACCUUCAUUAGUUACAGGCAGUACAACAGCUUUUUCAACCAAUCCUUCAUCAGCGUUUGCAAACUUCAAUCAACAACCACAGAUGAUUCCUCCCCCAAGGAUGCAGCAACAGGGAAAUGCCAGUUCAAGUUUCAUGCAAGGUAGUAUACCCUCAGCCAACAUGAACAGGCCAUACCCUAUCCAGACAGCUGGGGCCCCCAUCAUGGCUUCUUCUGUUGCUCCUACUGCACACACAGAAAAUGCUGCUCCACAGCUUUCUCAACAGAAAGCAAUGGCAGAUUUGGAUGAGCUGGGAAAAACUGUUCUUCAAAAGCACAAAGCUGAUACCAAUGUUAAAACUUUUAUUCCACCUCCUAGCCAACCGGUCAAAGUUCCCUUAAACCAGAUGCAAAAGUCCGGUGCAGGUGCACCCCUGGUCUCUCCUUCCUCACCAGGAGGACAGGCAAGUCCAGCAAAAAGGACAGAUACAUCAGUUCAACCCUUGACAGAUGUGUUUGUACCUUUAGAGUCUAUACAACCAGGAUCAACAUCCCCUUUAAACGCAUAUGAUAAAAAUGGACUGAAAAUAAUAAUUCACUUUGGGAAGGAUCGGCCCAGGGCUGAUGUGAUGGUAAUGGUGGUGUCAGUCAUGAGUACCAACACUAGUGCUGUGAAGGCAUUAAGUUUUCAGGCUGCAGUACCUAAAACUAUGAAGGUGAAACUGCAGCCUCCCUCAGCAACAGAUUUACCAGCUUUCAAUCCUAUAUUGCCUCCCUCUGCUAUUACUCAAGUCAUGCUGCUAGCCAAUCCACACAAGGAAAAGAUAAGAGUAAAAUUCAAGCUGACCUUUACCAUGAAUGACACUCCUGUGACAGAUGUGGGGGAAAUUUCUAAUUUCCCUGAAGAAAGCCUCUUGUGAUGCCAGUUUAGCACUAUACCAAAGCAUACAGAGAAAAAUAUGCUUUUCACUGAAAGACCUUGGGCAAUUUUAAAAAUUGCAUUCACUGACUUUGACUUCAAUGACAUCAGUGAAAGGUACAGCCUUAUCUACAUAGACCAGUUGAUUGCAAAAAU